GCAAUGUGUUAAAGCGGAUUGGCUGCUAAAGAUACCAGCGUCUAUGUGCGCGCUGUGGUUGGCUGCGGCUCUCCUGGCCAUUACGUUAUGCUUACUCCACACACACAGGCAGCUGGAGAGAGGGAAGACGUAAUGGUUUGAUUCCCUGUGCCAUUGCAAUGGUCGUCGUUCGAACAUUACUCGGCAAAUUCCUCAACCGGGAGGUGCAAUGAAGGGCUGGAUUGUUGGCUCUAUUGGAUGAUCCAGCAGCAGUAUGAUCAAAUAUCUCAACUGACACUCAAAAAGGGUCCAAAGGUGAUAGGAGGCGGGGGCAUCGUCCAUGUGGGCGUCAUGCUGUGGUCUGCUGAACGAGGUGAUGGGCACGGGCACGGUGCGAGCGCAGCAGCCGGGGUUCGGAGCAGGGGCCGGGCCCUUCCGCUUCGCCCCCAGCGCAGGGUACUCCACCUACCCCCCCACCAGCUCAGGGAGCGCCGGACAGCUGUGCAAGGCCUGCGGACUGGCCUUCUCUGUCUUCAGACGCAAGCACGUCUGCUGUGAUUGUAAGAAGAGUUUCUGCGCCCUGUGCUCCGUGCUUCAGGAGAACCUGCGCUGCUGCAUGACCUGCCACCUGCUGCGCAGCACCGCCUUCCAGAGGCCGCGGCUCAUGCAGCUCCGAGUGAAAGAACUGCGGCAGUACCUGCUGCUGCGCAACAUCUCCACCGACACAUGCAGGGAGAAGGAGGACCUGGUGGACCUGGUAAUCUGCCAUCAGGGGACGAGGGAAACCUCGAGACCAGUGGUGCAUGUGGACGAGGAGGAAGACGAAGAGGACGAGGAGGAAGACGAAGAGGAGGACACGCACGAAGAGGAGGACGAGGACGAGGAGGAGGAUGAGGAGGAAGAUGAAGGGGAAGAGGACACAGACAGUCUGCACUCGCUCCCCCACUCUCGCGCCGCCUCGCCCCCCUCCGCCACGCGCUCCACCUCCGAACAGUCGGUCCUCUCCGCCUCUCAGGGAGACGUGCUCAGCCCAAGUGACAGCUCAGGGACUACCAGCCAGGAACAGGAGGAUACUCCAACAGCAUCUCUCUUGAACCUGGAGCCCACUGAAACUUUAAUGGAGGUCAGUCCGGCGACACAGAGGAGGAUCAGGGCCUCGCUGUCUGAUCUGGACAAUGAAGAGGCGAUAGAGAACCUCUCUGUCCGCCAGCUGAAAGAGAUUCUCGCCAGGAACUUUGUCAAUUACUCCGGCUGCUGCGAGAAGUGGGAGCUGCUGGAGCGAGUGCAUCGACUCUACAGAGAAAAUGAGCAGAACAGAAAAUCCAUGGAAAAUGUGAGCAUAACUGCAGUGGUUGCAUAUCCUCCACCUCUCUGCAACAGUGGAGUUGGAGAUGGUGUCAAAGCUCAGCUGGCGGCUGAUGAUAACUUGUGUCGCAUCUGCAUGGACGCCAUCAUCGACUGCGUGCUGCUGGAAUGUGGUCACAUGGUAACCUGCACCAAAUGUGGAAAGAGGAUGAGCGAGUGCCCCAUCUGCAGGCAGUACGUAGUGCGGGCCGUGCACGUCUUCAAGUCUUAAAACUCUGUGCGAGCGCGUCGGAGCGGCCCUCAGGCGUGUACGUGACCCGAGUCCGGAAUUUAUCACUGAGGAUGAACUGCUGUGCAUGACGUCGUCUCGCAGGGCCUAAUGCUGCAGCAGGCGCCAGCAACUUCACGGUUUUUGAAACCAGACUGUUGCCUUUGGCCUACCACGGUUUGUUUUCCCCCUCUUCACUAACUCAUGUUCCAGUCCUACUUCUCCUCCUGGUGGACCGUCAUCAGCUGCACCGGGACACUCACUCUUUCUCUCUUUGGUCUGCUCAACACACAGCAGAAAGCCCUGCCAUCACUUUCUGCUCUCUAUUUGCUGUUUAGAUUGUACUCACAGGAGAGGAGGGGAGAUCCCAUGGCUACUUGAAGUGGAUCGGGUUGUUCUGUGCGGUGAAGAGAAGCAGAGAAACAUACGAUCCCAGGGUCAGAGUCAAUAUGGUUUACACAGUCAUGCCACAUGACACCGUGUCAUCUCCCUCAGUGUUCUUUUAGGAUGUGCAAUAUGAGAAAAAAAGAGACUUACAUGUGUUUUUAUUAAAUGUCUAUUUAUUAAGCCGAGCACCACAUGCACCGGGUCAUCUCGUGUCUCACGCAGGAGGGUGCAAGGUGCCAAACGUCAUGCCUUUUUUGAUCGAUAUUUGGUUAAGAUUUUACGGUUAAUGCAUCUCAUAACCAGCAAGCUUGGUGUGAUAGUUUACUCUUUUCUUUUUUUUCUUUCUCAAAUGAUCUUUAGGAAAUGAAUUGUGUACAAGUAAACAUUUGAACUCUUUGCUGUGUGAAGGAUGUGAUUGUUUCCUCGUCUAGAAUUAAGUGCACAGAUGGGAUUUCUGCCGAAGACACGAACAGUAAAAAAAAAUAAAACGCUGCCUGGUCACACAACGUGCUGCACUACAUUCCUGUCACAUGGGUUGAGCGUGAAGGUUUAUUCGCCUCCUCCAGAAACUCUGAACGCGAGGCCCACUUACUAGCUUUUUUCCUGGUCUUUCAAGUUUCACGGGCUUCAUCAGCAUCCGUGAUCUAAGGUGGUCCUAUAUGACGGGGAGAUCGUGUGAACGACCUCAUCCUUCUCCUGAGGAAGACCACGAGAUAAGAAAAAGCUAAUAAGUGGACCUUGUGUGAAGAUUUCUUUGUACUAUUUUUAUCCAAGACUCAUCCCCCCCCCCCCUUUUUAAUUUUAUAUAACUGCACCAAGCAAUACCAUUUUGUUUCCAAGUCUACCAAGUGUCUUUUCUUUCUGUUGUCCGUUAAUGUGUCGAAGUCUUAGGUAGGUGACAGGUGCUACUUCCUCUUUUCUGAGUGUAACAUCAACAUACCUUUUGUCAUGUUGUCAAGGCGUCCUUCCAAAUAUCCAUCACACAGUGAGUGGUAGAGGAAGCCUGGUUUACUUUUAACCUGUUAUGCAAAUGAAACACUUUUGUUUUCUUGUCAUGAGAUCCAGUUAACUCAGAUGUCACUAAAGUAUUUGUGUACAGUAUGCCUGUGGUAUGUUUAAAAAAAAUAAUUAAAAAAAAGCUGAAUUGCUGUUAAGUGAAUCGCAUAGAUAGCUUAUAUUGUUGUUUACUUAUAAGUCAUUAAAUGUAUAUUUUUCCAUUUACUUGGGAGACGACAUGAUUUUAAAAUGAUAAUACGUUGAAAUAUACCGUUUUUCAGAAUGUAUCUCUGCUGGUUUUGGUCAGACGAGUUCCUCAGUCCUCUGAUCGUGUCACUCUCACCAUUAAAGUUGCGUCAGCCAUGG